UUGGCUGUAAAAACACUGUUGGAGAAAGUAUCAUUUUGGACAAAUUCAAGAGCAUGGACAUCGAGAGCCUUUAUCAGCGCUACUGUGUCCGCCUCAAACACUGCCUGUUUAUCAGUCUACUUGUGGUUGUCAUGGCAUUCUGCACUUCUCUUGUCAUCAUUGAUUUUGCUUCCCCGCAUGCCAACCACCCCAACUCCACAGUCCAGCUUGCAGUCACCUUCAGUGGCACUAUCCUAGUCCUCAUCAUGUUGGUUCUCAUCUGCUUCGAAAGAAUAUUCCAGAAGUUCACAGUCCCAGUGACGUUAUUUGUGUGGCUGAUUCUCCUGACAGGCACAUAUGUUUAUGUCGGGUUCAGUGAUGCCAGGAAUUGUAUGGACGAUGUACCUGUGAUAUAUUACAUAAUAAUUGUGACUUAUACAAUGUUGCCGCUGUCACAGCGGUGGGCCAUCUGCCUUGGGACAGCUACAGGUUUGUCACAGAUAUGCAUAGCCUGGGGUUUUGCUCAGAGAUUCAGAGACUAUUUGGAGUACCAGGCUUUGUUGAAAGAAUUAUUUCUGAGUUUUAUGCAAGUGUCAUUUCCGUUCUUUGGCAUUAUAAUUUUUUGUUAUCUUCAAACCAGGACAGCAAGAGAGUGGAAAAAUUCAAAGUGUACAUAG